UUCACAAAUACAGUUUUUCACUUUCACUCUCUUCUCAAUCUUUUUUUUUUCCUACUCCAUCACCAUCACUCACUCCUCUUACAUUUUCGUUACUCAUUUUAUCAUAAAUUAAAAAAUAUGUUCGCAGUUGUUACUUAUUAGGAGGAAAUAACCAAAUCCACCAAAAAAACAUUUACUUAAAAGCCUUUCGAUUCAGUUACCGUGGCAUUAGGGAAUAACAUCUUCUAGUUUAGUAAUAAUGACAGAGAUUGAUUUAGAACAAGGAGCGGCGUACGGAUAUCACCGGCGAAGUGACGUCAGCAUAUAUUAUUCAGACGGAGAAGAAGAAGAUGUGACGUCAUGCUACUCUUACUUCUAUUCGACUACGACGGGAGGAACGUACGAAUACGAAGGAGGAGAGUCGAGGAAAGUGUCGUCGGUGAUGAGUAGUUCAUUGGAGAUGGAAGAUGGUGAUGGUGAAGCGACGGCGCCGCCGGAGAAAGACUGUAGGAUAUGUCACUUAGGGGUGGUGGAAACGAGCGGUGGAGGUGCGAUAGAGUUAGGAUGUUCGUGUAAGGAAGAUUUGGCUGUUGCUCAUAGACAAUGUGCCGAAACUUGGUUCAAAAUCAAAGGCGACAAAAUAUGCGAGAUUUGCCAAUCGGUAGCCCGAAACGUGGGCGGUGCCAACGAAAUGGUAGUGGUAACGGUGGUGGACGAGAGAGAGUUAAGAAACGGUGGAGGCGGUGAGGAAACGGCGGCCGUAGGAGCGAUAGAGAACAGGUGGCAGCCACAGAGACUGGUGAAUAUAGUGUUAGCUUGUAUGGUUUUUGGCUUCUUCAUUUCAUGGCUAUUCCAUUUUCAUGAUUCAUCUUCUUCAUGAAUCACUAUCUGCUCUUUGCAGGCACAUUUUGUUUCUUUUUCUAUAUAAACAAACAACAUUUAUGUUAAUGACCACAUGCAUAACAGUCUCAGAGAUUAAGACAGUUUCUUGUA